AUGGAGGGCUUACUGGCAAUGGAAUUCAGAGACAUCAAGAUUCAAACAGGAGUGAUAAACAGACUUAUUAAAGAAAAAGCUUGCUACGAAAAAGAAACCAUGGAGCAGAAAGCGAAAGUAGAAAAGAUGACGACCGACGGCGUUGAUGAAUACGUUAUCAAAAAGCAGAAAGAAAUAGUCGUUGAGAACGAAAGUAUGAUCGCUCUUUCCAUUCGUCGCCUUGACGAAGCUGUAAAGAAGAUGCAACAAGCCAUGGAAGGGGUUGACAAAACCAGUGAAAAUGAAAUCAUCCAGAAGGCCGUCGCCUCACUGAAAGAAGCUGAAAAGGUUAUUGCGAUGGGCUGA